CCCUGGCCUUUUGCCUUGUCACUACGCCUUUAAUCCUUUGUGUUUCGCACCAUCUGUAGCUGUUUUUUUUUUCUUAGUCCCCUCUGCGUAAAAUACCAGACUUCUCCAAAACAAAACCCCAUCAUCGACAAAGACGCAGUCGCUUAUCUUCCCGCGCGCUAUCUCCAUCUUUCCUUAGCCUGCGCCAGCAAGCAAGCAGCAAAAGAGAAGCCCUACCUACCCCGCCUACGUCCCGCGUCUCAGGUUUCACCGUCCCGUCCCGUCUCACCUUGGGCCAAGCAGCAGCUUCACCAAAAGCCAAUUCGUCCUUCUUUUCCAGCACUAAAUAAAAACACCACAGAAAAUGGUUGAGAGACGCAACAAGCCCACCGCACUGGCUUCAACGCCCGGUCUUCCUCCCCAGGCCCAAGUCACCAUCACCGACGGAAACUCUCGCAUCCUUGCUACGCUGCCCACUGGCGAGAGCGUCGAGGUGCUUCUAUUUGGCGCAACCGUCUUGAGCUGGAAAGAUGCCACGGGCGACGAGAAGCUGUGGCUGAGCGAGGGCGCCAAGCUGGACGGCUCAAAGGCUGUCCGUGGCGGUAUUCCUCUUGUUUUCCCUGUUUUUGGCGUGGCUCCCGACCACGAUGCCACCAAGGCGCUCCCACAGCACGGCUUUGCUCGUAAUUCGCGAUGGGAGUUUCUCGGAAAGUCCACCAGCGAGGGCUCCAACGUCAAGCUUGACUUUGGCUUGUCGUCGGAGAGCCUGCCUGCUGAGACGGCCAAGCUGUGGCCCUACAAGUUUGGCCUGCUGUACAGCGUUACGCUGGACCGCGAGUCGCUUAGCACAACGCUUGUCGUGACCAACGACGGCGAUGAGACGUUUGAGUGCCAGGCCCUGCUGCACUCAUACUUUAAGAUCAAGGACAUUACUGAUGUGCAAGUCACCGGCUUUGAAGACUCGCCUUACGACGACAAGCUGGACGGCGCCAAGACCAAGUCGCAGUCUGGUGCCAUCACUUUUGACGGCGAGCUCGACCGCGUGUACACUCCUCCCGGCGGCGCCUCGCACCCCGUCAGCAUCCGCGAGGGCGGCAAGGAGCGUCUCCGUAUUGUCCGCGACAACUUGGACGACGUUGUCGUCUGGAACCCCUGGAUCAACAAGUCUGCCGGCAUGGGCGACUUUGAGCCCAAGGACGGCUGGAAGAACAUGGUCUGUGUGGAGGCCGGCAGCGUCAAGGGCUGGCAGAGGCUCGAGAAGGGCGAUACCUUCCAGGGCGCCCAGACGAUUCACCUCGUCUAGACACGACACGACGACAUGACUGAGAGAAAAAAAGAUAAUGACUUUUGGCAGCAUCUGGAACAUCAAACAGCUGCCUGCUGCGGCAGCAACUGCACGUUAUACAUCCGUCCCUUUCACUAGCCGCUUUGAAAUGCAGAAUACAUCUACAGCAUGCGUGAUUUCGUCUUUUUUUCUAUCUUUAAUAAUAAAUAACCCGUCAUACAUAGUUUGGUCAAAUGGAGAAGAAUAUCAUUAAUACCAAUUGGCAGCUCUAUAUGCUACUUAAAAAUGGCAAUGUGUUGUUUUUAUGUAUAAUCAAGGAGAACCUUUUUUUUCUUUUACUUUUCUUUUACUUUUCCUUUACUUUUCUACUUUCGGCCCGUCUUGCCCUCUUGCGAGAAGUGAUCCGCCACCAGGAAAGCGAGCUCAAGGGCCUGCUUUUCAUUCAGACGGGGAUCACAGAAAGACGUGUAGUUUGUAGACAGGUCGUCCUCAGCCAAGCCUUCACUUCCACCCAGACACUCGGUAACAGCGUCACCAGUAAGCUCGAGGUGCAUACCGCCGAGAUAGCUGCCCUGCUCCUUGUGGAUGCGCAGACUCUCCUGGAGCUCCUUGUAGAUAUCGUUGAAGCGGCGUGUCUUGAUGCCGGCCUCGGUCGACAGGGUGUUUCCGUGCAUGGGGUCGCAUUGCCAGACGACGCAGCGGCGGUACUCAGAGUCCUCGACGGCGCGAAUGUGCUUGGGGAGCAAGUCGGCGACCUUGCCGGCGCCGUAGCGGGUAAUGAGUGUGAUCUUGCCGGGCUCGCACUGCGGGUUGAGCGCGCGCAGCAGCGCAAGCAGGUCGUCGACGGGGGUGGUAGGACCGACCUUGACGCCAAUGGGGUUGGCAAUGCCGCGGAAGAACUCGACAUGGGCGUGGUCAAGCUGGCGUGUGCGGUCGCCGAUCCAGAGGAAAUGCGCAGAGGUGUCGUAGUAGUCUUGGCCGUGAAUGGCGAGGUUGCGAACAGGCAGGGUAUCGUCGGCUUCGCCGGGAGGCGGUGAUGGGGCACGGCUGGCGAAGCGGCUGGCAGCCGGUGAGCGGGCUUCGGGAGAGUCGAGAAGGCGUGUGAGAGCCUGUUCGUAUUCGAGGAGGAGGCCCUCGUGGCUGGUGUAGAUGUCGACGGUCUGGAGCUCCUCGGGGCGGGCGUUGAUGACCUGCAAGAAGCGCAGGGUCUGCUGGAUGCUCGAGGCAAUAGUCGAGUACUUCUCCUUGAGUCCGGGAUCGCGAACGUGUCCGAGGCCCCAGUCGAAUGGGCGAUGCAGAUCGGCAAUGCCAGAGGCAAGGGCGGAGCGCAUAAAGUUGAGCGUGGCAGCAGAGUGGUGGUAGGCCCUAACAGAUUAGAUUUCGUUAGCAAACCCGUGCCUGGUCAGUGUACACAAGGACAAAAUAAACUCACUUGAGCAGACGGUUCGGGUCAAUCUCGCGCUCGUCCUCAUGGUAGCCAUUGAGGAUGUCGCCGCGGAAGCUAGGCAUUUCCUUGCCAUUGACGACCUCGGUCGGGCUGGAGCGCGGCUUAGCGUACUGCCCAGCCAUACGGCCGAUACGGACGACUCUCUUGUUUGUGCCCCAGAUGAGGACGACGCUCAUCUGCAGGAGCAGCUUGAUCUUGGACUCGAUGGCAUCCUGCUCGCAGUAGUCAAAGAGCUCGGCACAGUCGCCGCCUUGCAAGAGAAAGGCGUUUCCCUGGGCGACGUCGCGCAGGUUGGCCUUGAGGGCGGCAAUCUCGGUAGGGUGCACCAGAGGCGGCAUGCGGUUGAGCUCCUUGACGGCCUUUUGGAGUUUCGACUCGUCCGGGUAGGCGGGCGACUGCUUGAUGGGCUUUGAGCGCCAGGUCGCCGGGGUCCAGGCGGCGGUGGACGAGGAUUGUUGCGAUGACGGCGCCAUUGUGUUCUGUCAACUGAGUCAAUACUGGGCUAUUGGUGGUGUAUGUGUA